CAGAUUUCUCGCCAUGGGCGCAGCACUGUCGCCCCUGGCACUAGCUGCGGUGCUGGUACCCUGUGCACAAGGCACUGCGGGGCCACUGCCCUUGACGCUACUGCCGUGCGCGCAAAACUUGCCGCGUUGCGCGGAAGAGAGCGGAGUGGAAGAGUUUCAGGCCUUACACUCCUGGCUCCUCUCCAGCCCGGAACGGGCAGAUGACAUUGGGGCCUUUGAGGUAAGCGAACGAGGGAGCAAUCUGGAGCUACAGAGCUUUCAGCUCGUCAAGGAGCUAGGCCUAACUUUGCUGGCCUCCUCCUUGGACUAUGUGGCGGUUUGCCAGCACUCGGAUCCACGCUGCGCCAUGCUGGCGCAGCACUUCGAGGGGGUGAAGGUUGCGCCCAAACAAAAAGCCUUGCGAAUGCAGUUGGAUGCACGCCUGAGAGAGAUGGCAAAGGACUAUCUCCCAGAUCCUGGCGUGCGAUCGCCAGUGCUUCGCGUGGGCCAUAGCUUGAGAUCCGACUUGGACGGUUUCCUCCGACAGUUGCCCACAUUGCAAGCCGGGCUGCCGGCCGCCGAAGCUUCUGCGCGCCUGGCGCAGAGUGUAGGCCUCAGGGGCCGCAUGUUGGCCUGGCAUUUGGGCAUGCAUUUCUGGGUUCGACACCUCGAAGUGCCUGGCCGCGGCGCGCCGGUGCUCAUCCUUCAUGAGGAGUACACGUCUUUCAAGGACAUGGUUUCUUCUGUGGUAGGCAUGAUGGUGCGUAACGGCCAGCCACAGCUGGUCAUGAUGGAGGUUGGCGUGCCGGCGCAGGAGUGGUUGGCGCCAUCGCUGGUCAGAAGUGUUGCGGGGCUUCAGUACGUGGGUAUCAUGCUUGAGCCAGAGGAUGAUGCCAGUGCCCAGGCCCAGAUGGCCGCCUACGAACAGUUGAAGGCCGAGGCUCAGGCCCCAGAGAUUGCAAACCGCAUCGCGUUGCACUACGCCUCCGCGCAGAGGGCGGCCGCAGCUUUUCCUGAUAGGGGCGCCAUGUCGUGCCAUGGCCCGGCAAGGGACGUGCUCUGGGAGGCGCUGCCGCUGAGGCGUGAGUGUGUUUUUCAAGGGCCUGGGAGUGAUCACUAUAAGAUGCCACAGUCUAAUUUUCCUCCGUGUUGGCCUUCGCCGCUCUCUCAACAGAAAGCUAUGGCCGCUCGACGUGCUGCUGAUGUGGUGCUCCCUUCAGAAAGCGCAAGCGGUGUGGGCUCUUGGACGGCGGUGAAUGAAGUGGCUCAGCAAGUGCCUGCCAGCUCCUCAGCUCAGCCCAGCGGUGUUGAUCAAACUGCACAGCCUGCUCAGGGUGAGGAGCCAGGCCACACAGUUUGGGUCACAGAUUCUGACGAGAACGUUCCUCCGCAGGAUUUCAAGGGAUUUGACGGUGCUCCACAGCAGGCUUCUCCAAGCAUGCCAGUUCCCCAGUGGGGGACGGCGCCAGCCACCCAGGCAGCCAAGAACCUGCUCGACAACCAGAUCCCCAAGUCCUCCAAGCUUGCCAAGCAGAAAGCGAGGGCCAAGGAGAAGGGUCAUAGGGGGGUGCGCUGGGGCCAGAUGCCUGCUCAGAGUGCAUUCAGCCCCCAGAACUUCCAGCUCCCGCCCUUCGUUCAACAGCUUGGGUCUGGACAAGAUGAGCGAUCGGUGCUCAUUGUCGACAACAGGGACAUGAGGUCACCCAGCUCAGGGUAUCAUAUGAACAUUUUCUACGUUCGGGCCAUGGACGGUUACAAGUUCAUUCUGGUUGGAUCCAUGACCUGUUAUGGAUCAGUGCCUUAUGCUCGCUGGGACGCUGACACCGGUGCGGUCUUGAACCAUGCGGCGUUCCAGCCUUUCAGAUGGCCGCUCAUGAGGGAGGAUUCCUCCGUGUGGGUGGACGUCAAGAUCAAGAUCGAAGGGCAGCUCUUGCUACACCUGGAGAUGAGAGGGUAUCGCUCAGAGCAGGAUAUGACCGUGCAGCUCAACUACAUCAAUGACGGUUUGAUCACCUCUUUGCGAGAGGAGCUGUUCAUCCCUGCCGUGGUGGUGACGAUCUUCCAGGGCUGGCGGGUCAUUGCCGUGAGCUUUGAGGUCGGUGGCAGGAUCUAUGCCUGCAGUGAGAAAGGGGUGGUCGUCGCUCUCGACUUUCCCUUAUGCCAUUUCGAGGUGAGGAUGACGGCUCUGUCAUCUGCUGACUCAGUGGGGGUGGAUGCCGAUCGGCUGGAGUUCCGCUUCAGAUCGGCUGGUGAUAGUGUGGAUGUGACUUGCUCACAGAUCACUGUCCCCCCGACUUGGCUCAUCCUAUCGAGGGUCUCGGGGCCUACUUUGAUCCAGAACGCUCGGUGGUGUCGGGACCGCCAUGCGCGAGUUGAAGGGCCUGAUCAGACCAUGCAAAUGUCACAGCUUGCAGGCAUUCACGCUCACUGGACGGCUGCAACUGAGGCUCUGACAGUUGCUGACACAGGACCUCGUGUGGGUGCGGUCGCAGUGGACACUCACCAGAACAACCUGCACCUGACAUGUGAAGCUCCGCUCUUCCAGGCGCAGAAGGUCAUCGUGCCGGCUGAAGCGAUCGCCCUGCAGUUCCACGACCCGGAGUCUGAGGAGAGAGCUCUGGUGGUGCCACCUGUCAUGGAUGGGCCGAUGGCAAUCCCAGCUGCUCAGGCGCCGGGAUCAUUGAGGGCGUUGGCUGGCCCAGCAGCGGCUCCGUUGCAAGCUGCACCACCAGUGGAGGCCGUGAUCUCAGUGACGGAGGCGGGCCACGCUCCCAAGGCAGCAGCUCCAGGUGACAAGACGGUGCAUGUUCAUCGUCGGUCGCUAGAGGCUCGGCAGAGUGAGUCGUUGGCUGAUGCUGCCGUGACGCCCCAAGCCUUCCUUGAUCAGGUUGGCUUGGUCAAGCAUGUGGUGUCAGGCGACGCCCUCAGUCAUUCUUUUGGGGGACCCCAGAUCGAGAGUGAGCAUCGAGAGACAGCUAUCCAUGGCUCUCCUUUCUCAAAUUUGGCGUUCGUCGCCGCGAUGGAGGUGGGAUCAGCUCAUGAGUUUGUGUCAAAGGUUGGCGACUGGGCUCCGCAAUUAGAUGAGUCGAUCAGAGACGACUUGCUGAGCUCUACAUUUAUGUUGGAGCAGUUCUGGUCGUUAGCGUGCUCAGUUGAAAAGGCCUUUUUCGAGUCCACGGCCAACCAGUUAGGGUUUGGCUUGUGUGAAGCUCCGGCACCCCCUAUCAGCGCUGUGUCAGCCAAAGCUCGUAGGGCGGGGGCCAUCAAGGCUCUUUCGGGAAAGACAGUGAAUCCCCCGAGAAAGUUCUUGAAAACUAGUCCUGAGCCGCAGUCUGCAACGCCUUUGCUCGACCAGGAUAACGCCGCUCGGUGGAAGUGGGCCGCGCGACUGGAAGAGAUCGAGCGAAAGGCGGGGACCUUCUCGAAGUUGUUGCUCGACACAUCUAACGAGAAAGGUCUCUCGCAUGCAGAGGUGGCUCGUCUGCGACAGCUCGUUUUGUCAUCGGGAGCGCCACGGACAAUGGCCACCCACGUGACAAACUGGGAGCGGUUCGCGGAAUGGGCAGAGGCCGAGGUGAUCAGCAAGCGCGCUCGGACCCUGAAAGAAGCGGUGCCCAUUCCAACGGCAGUGGUUCGUGCAAUGGAGCUCUUGGUGGUGGAUGAAGGGGAGCCUGAGGCUACGCGCCUGUUCACAUGGUGGUGGCUGUGCAUGGUCUUCGCUUCUUUGAGGUUCGACGACGCUAUGCAUGUGCGCCCAGAUGAGCUCAUCCUGAAUGAAGAGAGCAUGUUCGGAGUUGCCUGGCAGACCAAAGUGGAGCGCAAGAGGCGUGGCACCAAGUUCGUCGUGCCGCAUGUUGGGUUCUCGGGGUCUGACUGGCUUCGUGCUGGCUGGCAGCUCCUUCAGAAUGAGCAUUUUGCGCUCGCUAGAGACUAUUGGAUGCGGGACCUCAAUUCUCGUGAGGCGUUUCGCAACGGCCCAGCUCAAUACCAGAGAUCAGUGCAGUGGCUCCGGUUUUUCGGCCGCUAUGCACUCAACCAUUACCACCAAGGGGAGGAGGUCGAGUUCAAAGAGCUGGCGGCGGUCGUGAACACCCUGACAGCUCACUCUGCACGCGUCACAAUGCUCGACGCAGCGGUGCAUGCAGGCCGUAGCACGGAGGAGAUCGGCCUCCAAGCCAACUGGAAGAACCCUGGGCCGCUGGUGCUCAAAUACACCCGCAAUCGGUCGGCUAUCCCAGCCAAGAUGGUCCAGCAGCUGGUCAAGGACAUGCUCACUCAAGAGCACCCGGUCGAGGUCUCGGACGAUACAGAGCUCGAUGCAGUAGAUCAGUCCGCCCUUGACCAGUUUCAGUUCUACAUCAAGACCAACUGCUCAGCCGCGGCUUAUGACUGUCGAUACCAUUGUGCAGCUCUGGGAGAGGAGGAGGCACUAGCUUGUGGGCGGCUGAAGCUUGUCGACUGCACCCAUGUGGGGUCGUGCCUCCCCGACAUUGCCAUGCUCUGCAAACAUUGUGCCCGAGUGCGGCCAGAGAUCGCAGAGUCCUUUGCCCAGAGCGCGUAG